AGAUCUCUCUAACCCCACUGACUUGCACAUUUUGCAACAUCAACAGCAUGUGUAGACUGAAGAAAAACAUGGAUGUUUACUAGCUGUUUUAGACCAACGAAGAUCUCCUUCAGCCAAAACGGAGCUGAUGACUUUGAGACACCUACACUAUUUACCCUGGGUGAGGAAAUCUCCUGUAUGACGUUAUAAAUAUUUUGUUUACUGACACUUUUUGAGCAAAAUGGAUCUCACUGCUAAACAUGGACUGGUGCUGCUUGAUCAGCUGAGGAAGAUGAGGGAGGUUGAGCAUCUGACAGAUGUGGUGCUGGUUGCUGAGGGCAUCAGCUUCCCCUGCCACAGAGUUGUUUUAUCUGCCUUCAGUCCAUAUUUCCAUGUAAUGUUCACAUGUGGUCUGCGUGAGUGCAACAACAGGGAGAUAUUCCUGCGUGACACCCCUGCAGACAGCCUGGCCCUCCUCUUGAACUACAUGUACGCUUCAGAUCUUCCUCUCACUAAUGCCAAUGUGCAAGGCAUCUCUAUUGCCGCUUUUCUUCUGCAGAUGGAUGAUGUCUUCACACGCUGCCAGGAGCACAUGACAGAAAACAUGGAUGCCUCCAACUGCCUUGGCGUGUAUUACUUUGCCCGUGAUCUUGGAGCAGAAGAACUAGCUGACCAUGCUCAGCGCUUCCUCAGGCAGCAUUUUGUCCAGGUUUGCCAGAGUGAGGAGGUCCUGGAUUUGGAGGCCCACCAGCUUGGAAAGCUCCUGAGUUCUGAUGAUUUAAAUGUGACACGAGAAGAAACUAUCCUUGAUGUGGUUCUCCGCUGGGUCAAACACAAGCCUCUAUUGGAUGGGGAAUUACGUAGUCGGCAUCUUCCAGAGCUCCUGAGGAAGGUCCGCCUACCACUGAUAAACCCAGACUACUUAAGAGAAGCGAUGAAAAGAAACACAGCACUGCUGGCUGAUGCUGAAUGUCUAGAGAUUCUGAAUGAAGCUCUGGAGGCUACAGCAAUGCAUCCGUCAGCUGCACCCCGCAAACUCAAGCUGCGCUAUGGCAUGGAGACCACUGAUCUGCUGCUCUGCAUUGGUAAUGAUGGUGGUGGGAUCAGGUCAAGGUAUGGCAACUAUACAGAGCGCAGCUUCUGCUUUGCCCCAUCCACAGGUCGGACUUACUACAUCACUUCCCCUCGAUACGGAGAGGCUCUGGGGUAUGUCUGUGCUGGGGUUGUGACUGAAAGAAAUGAUAUUAUUGCAGCAGGAGAGGCAAGUGCUCGUAGAAUGGCUCGACAGAAAGAUAUGAAGGUUGAGAUUUACAGGUAUAAAUUGGAAGCCCAAGGAAGUUGGGAGCGUCUGACAUCAGCAGAGUACCGUGACUCUUAUGCUCUGGGAUCACUGGGUGAUACUCUGUACCUCUUGGGUGGGCAGAUGAGGCUGAAGAACCAGUUUCUCAUCACAAACUGUGUGGAGCGAUGGUCUCUGCAGGGUGGACCCUGGCGGAGCGCAGCACCUCUGCCUAUGCCUCUGGCCUAUCACAGUGUGGUCAGAAUGAAAGACCGUCUUUAUGUGAUUGGUGGUCGCACCCCACAGUCAUACCGCACGGAUGAUGAGCCUGACCGUCUUAGUAACCGCCUUCUGGAGUAUGAUCCAAACACAAACAAAUGGAUUGAGCUUGGUCCUAUGAAGUACUCGAAGUAUCGCUGCAGUGCUGUAGUGCUAAAUGGGGAAAUUUUUGUCAUAGGAGGCAUUGGAUGUGAGGGUGUGGACCUUGGACAGUCACGCCACUGUCUGGAUGCUGUGGAGAUCUACAACCCAGAUGGGGACUAUUGGAGGGAUGGACCUCCUCUUCCAUGUCCUCAGCUUUCACUGCGUACCAAUACCUCCAAUGCAGGAGUAGUGGGAGGAAAGAUUUAUGUCUGUGGAUAUUACAAAGGAGCAGAUCGUCAUGAUGAUAUAACAAAAGACAUUCUGGAGCUGGAUCCUUGGGAGAACCGGUGGACAGUGGUGGCUCGGCGUGCACUGAUGCAUGACAACUAUGAUGUCUGCUUAGUGGCAAAUCUCAACCCAAGGGGACUCAUAUCCCCACCUGCAGACUUAGUCAAAAUGUGACACAUAGCUGUCAGUUAGCUCGAAGUCUGAGAGGAAAAAAUCAGUGAAGGGAAUUAAAUAUUAAUGCACUUAUUGCUGGGCCAAAGGCAUCCACCUAUUUCAGGCAGAAAAUGUCUUAGUGCUCUGCAUAGAAGGAAGUAAAUGCUUUUUGGCUUACUUGCACAUUGGUAGGCAGAUAAGUAAAUUGUAAAUACAGUAUUUGUGUAGCUUAUUUUAGUCUGUGUAACAUCUUCAAAAUGGAAGAAACUUGCAGCUGCAUAGUCUAUAUCUUAAAUAUAUUAUUAGCAACACUGAGAAAGGAUUUAUCUCACAGGAAAAAUGACUUGAAAAUAAUAUUUCUGGCUUUGUUGUACCAAAUUUAUGGAAGUUGACCUGUUUUUACAAGAUGAUCUCCAAAAAAAUUUGAUGACUACAGCACAUAUGCAAAGGCACUUUAACAUAAAACGACCUAAUGUGACAUAAACACACCUGUUCCCAUAUACAGUAUAUAGUGCUGCUUGGGUCACAGUAAGGUAGAAAUUAGACAUUUUAAAUGUUGUCAUUAAAUUUUUCAUUCAUGCUAAACCUGCUAAAGUGGAAUAAAAAUUGUGUCAUUGUUACAGCAAAUAUAUGUACACUUCAUUCUGGGUAUGGCUGCUGUAGUGUGAUUACAUUUGGAUUUUUUUAUUUGGAUAUAUUUGGAUUUUACAUGUAUUUGUAACAAGACAAUCUUCACAUUUUUUCAUAUCAAGUCUGCUCUCCAUUUAGUGAAUGGGAUGGGCAAAAUAUAACCUAACAUCUGAACCAAAGCAAUGCCUCUUAACAGUGACACAAAGAGGAACAUAGAAAUUGUUGCACAUCGAAUUAUUACUACUUUGUGAUGCGUGGGAGAACAAUGUAUUUUGGCGUGGUUUGGAUUAAAACAUGGGUCUUUUUCAGUUUAGAAGAAAUUUUAAUUAAAAUUAAUAUUUAUUUUGAAUCUUAUACAGCAAAUAUGAAAAAGAAUAAAUUGUAUUUCAACAAAGUCUGCAGAUUUUUUUUUUGUGAACAGAAAAAAUUAACUAGACUUAAAAAUGUGGAACGCUGAGUCAUGCAAUCUUUAUGUUCUGCACUCUUUUAGUUCAACAGCUUUUCAACAUAUAGAUAAAAACAUACUUAUUGUAUUCAUCCCUCAAAAAAAGAA